GGCAGGUUAGGCCUCGCCCCGGGUCGGGCCCGCCCUCGCUCUCCUGGACACUCGGGGUGGAGCGGGGGGGUGGCCCAGGGGCGGGGGCAGCCGGGAACCGAGCGCUGCUCAGCCACCGACUGACGCACCAUCGGAAAGUUGCUCUGGGACCUGCGCUCGCCUCUUACUUUCUUCCCGGGGCGCUGCUGCGGAGUUGCGGGGCCUAGAUCGGCGAGCAGCGACCGAGCCGGCUGGCUCCCCCUUCCUCGCGGGGUCCGGCGCGGGUGGCGGCAGGGGGACCCGUGUUCCCAGGUCCGCGGCAACAACUUUCUCCGGACUGACCGGGAUCGCCGGCCCGGGAGCUCCGCACCGCGCGGAAAGAGGAGCCGCGGCCGCCAGCAGAUUACUGGAUAGAAACAGAGAAAUUGAGACUGAAAGAGAAGAUAUAGAGAGAGACUGAGAGACAUCUGCAGCCCUGCUUCACCACUUAUGAAGUGUCCCCCCUUCAGAGCACUGCUCAACUCUGCCUCAUGGUGGUUCCUAGGAUUGAACCUGGGACCUCUGGUGUCUCAAGUAAGAAGUCUUGUGCUGCUGAUGGUGCUGUUUCCCUGGCUCAAAGUAUUUUCUGUUUGUCCAGCUCUACAUUCUUCAUAUAUUGUCACCUGGCUGAGUCUUCUCAUCGCCACACCACCUCCUUUGUUUUGGAAGGUGACAAUGAAAUAUAAAGAAGUCACACCACUGAUAUGAUGCUUGAAAGUUAGUGACUGCUUGCCUCAUCCCCAUGAUGAUUAAAUAUGACUUAGGAGCUGCGAUUUAUGAAGGUUUAUGAUGUCAUUGGGCGAGACCGAAAGCAAGCUCCAGCAGGCUGUCAGCCUGCAGGGAGUCGACCCAGAAACAUGCUUGAUUGUGUUUAAGAACCACUGGGCACAGGUUGUGAAGAUCUUAGAGAAGCACGACCCCUUGAAGAACUCCCAGGCAAAGUACGGCUCCAUCCCCCCUGAUGAGGCCAGUGCUGUGCAGAAUUACGUAGAACACAUGCUCUUCCUGCUGAUCGAAGAGCAAGCCAAGGAUGCAGCCAUGGGGCCUAUUCUAGAAUUUGUUGUCUCUGAGAACAUCAUGGAGAAGCUCUUCCUUUGGAGUCUAAGGCGAGAGUUUACGGACGAGACGAAACUUGAGCAGCUGAAGAUGUAUGAGAUGCUGGUGACCCAGUCACACCAGCCUCUCCUGCACCACAAGCCCAUUCUGAAGCCCCUGAUGAUGCUGCUGAGCUCUUGUUCUGGGACCACUACCCCCAACGUGGAGGGGAAGCUGGUCGUCCUGCUCAACCAGCUGUGCUCCAUCCUUGCCAAAGACCCCUCCAUUCUGGAGCUCUUCUUCCACACUAGUGAGGACCAAGGGGCCGCCAACUUCCUCAUCUUCUCCCUUCUGAUCCCUUUCAUCCACCGAGAGGGGGCUGUCGGCCAGCAGGCCCGGGACGCCUUGCUCUUCAUCAUGUCCCUCUCAGCUGAGAACAACAUGGUGGCCCACCACAUUGUGGAGAACACCUACUUCUGCCCAGUCCUUGCCACUGGGCUCAGUGGUCUCUAUUCCUCCCUGCCCACAAAACUCGAAGAGAAAGGUGAAGAGUGGCACUGCCUCCUGAAAGACGACUGGCUGCUCCUCCCAUCUCUCGUCCAGUUCAUGAACUCCCUGGAGUUCUGCAACGCCGUCAUCCAGGUGGCUCACCCCUUGAUUCGCAAUCAGCUUGUCAAUUACAUCUACAAUGGAUUCUUGGUACCAGUCUUGGCUCCUGCUCUUCAUAAGGUGACCGUGGAGGAGGUCAUGACCACAACGGCCUAUCUGGACCUGUUCCUGCGCAGCAUCUCUGAGCCUGCGCUGCUAGAGAUCUUCCUCCGUUUCAUCCUGUUGCACCAGCACGAGAACGUCCACAUCCUCGACACCCUCACGAGCCGAAUUAACACCCCAUUUCGGCUUUGUGUGGUGUCCCUGGCACUAUUUAGAACACUCAUCGGUUUACACUGUGAGGAUGUCAUGUUACAACUCGUCCUAAGGUACCUCAUCCCCUGCAACCACAUGAUGCUGAGUCAGAGGUGGGCCGUGAAGGAGAGAGACUGCUACUCUGUUUCUGCAGCUAAGCUGCUGGCCCUGACGCCCGUCUGUUGCUCCAGUGGCAUCACCCUGACACUUGGGAACCAGGAGAGGGAUUAUAUCCUUUGGUCCAAAUGUGCACAGGGGAGCCCAGGUUCAGAAGGGGCCAGCUCUGCCCUGUGUCCCCCUCCUGAGGCAGGACCCAUGCAGCAGGUGCCCCCCAUGGCCUGCUCCCCGACAGCCUGCAUCGUAGAAUACGGCAAAGCCCUGGACAUCAGCUACCUGCAGUACCUCUGGGAGGCCCACACCAACAUCCUGCGCUGUGUGAGGGACUGCCGUGUUUGGUCGGCCCUGUAUGAUGGAGAUGCCCCUGACCCUGAGACCUUCCUCCGGAGUCUGGCAGAAGACAGUGCCCCCCAGCCCGCCUGCUCCCCCUUCAGGCUCCCCCAGCAGCUCCCUAGGAAGCCGGUGCCUCCACUGGCUGCCGGGAAGGAGAAGAGCCACACAGAGCUGGAGUGGGACGACAGCUACGACACUGGCAUCUCCUCAGGCUCCCCGGGGCCCGAAGACGACCCACCUGCGCCCGUUGACCCCCCCAAACAUAUCCAGGAGAUGAAGAAGAAUGCCAUCCUGCUCUUCAAAGGCUCCUACAUCGAAGAGUCGGACUUCCAGGACGACGUGAUGGUAUACAGGCUGUGCGCCCAGAAGGACUCUGAGGAUAGUGGCAGACCCCAGGGGGAGCAGACAGGUCCCCCCAACCCAGCCCAGCACGAGGGCCAGCAUCCCCCUGUGAACAACGGCCCCCUGUCCAGCCUUCAGCCAGACAUGGAGCCAGAGGAGGGACAGAAGAUAGAUGGUUUGGACCUGCUUCAGAAUGCGCCCCAGGGACCCAAAGCAGAGGCUUCUGAGGGCACCCCAGAAGCAGAUUCUGAGUCAACAGCCCCCACGUCCCAGGCAGAGCACAGCCUGCACCCCGCUGCCAACAGUCCUGAUGGGGAGGACUUCAUGGCCCAGUACGACCACAUUAUAAAGGAGUUGGAUUCUGGCACUGAGGGCCUGAUGGAGCAGAACUCCUCCUCACAGGAGCCUUUGCUUCCUGCAGAAGAAGGGAAGGGAGAAGGGAGCAAAGGAGAGAAGGAGGAGGACAGGCAGAGGCUGGGGGAGGAAGAGGAGGAGGACUUUGACUCCUUUAUAGUGGACACACCUGCCGUGGAGGCCCUGCCGUCCCCAUUCGGGGUGAGAGAGGAGACAGCCUUUGCCGGUUGCCAGCCUGUGAGGACUCAGAAUACCCCGUUCACAGGCCCGUUCAUCAGUGUGGUCCUAUCCAAGCUGGAGAACAUGCUGGAGAACUCGCUGCACGUCAACCUGCUGCUCAUCGGCAUCAUCACGCAGCUGGCCAGCUACCCCCAGCCCCUCCUGCGCUCCUUCCUGCUCAACACCAACAUGGUCUUCCAGCCCAGCGUGCGUUCACUCUACCAGGUCCUGGCGUCUGUGAAAAACAAGAUUGAACAGUUUGCAUCUGUGGAGAGAGACUUCCCAGGCCUCCUAAUACAAGCCCAGCAAUACCUGCUCUUCCGGGUGGACAUGUCAGACCUGAGUCCUGAGUCACUGACCAAAGAUCCCAUUCAAGAUGCUUCCAGGACAGGCAGUGGCAGGAACCUUCUGGAUGCUCCCCCCAAAGUGCUGCAGCCCUUCCUGACACCCCGAGCCAAGAUGGUGGGGGUACCACCCGGCUUGCCGCCGCCUGUGCGGAACACCAUGCUGGCAGCUGCCCUCUUCCCCGAGUUCCUGAAGGAACUGGCCGCCCUGGCCCAGGAGCACUCCAUCCUGUGCUAUAAGGUCCUGGGGGACUUCGAGGACUCUUGUUGCUAGUCAUUUCUUCUUCUUUUAAAGUAGAGGUUCUCGUUUUGUUUUUUUUUAAAAAAAGAUUUUUAGUGUCUUGACUGAAUGUUCAAUGCAAAGCUGCUUACAAAGAUUUCUACUCAGAUAUUUCCUGACAAUACUUGAUUCGUGGGGAGGGGAGUUUGUUGUCUACAUCCUCUGGCUGGGAGGGGGUGGAAGGGGAGGGUCUCGAGACAUCCCUUUAUGUUCUUGGAGGAUGUUGGUCUCUGAGCUGCUUGCCCCCUGAGCCCAUCUUCUUGGCUCUCUCUCCCCUCCUCAGUUUUCUGGCUGUUACUUUCCCAUCCGUGCGAAACACUCACCAAGGAAAUAUUGGGGUUCAGUGACUUCUCGGAGUAGCCCAGGUCAGAGGCUGGCUGCUCACCAGCACGUGGCCUGCUCAGCAGCUAGCUGCCUUCCAGGUUUCUGCUUCCGUCCUAUAGGUGGAGAGCCAAGCUGAGGGCCCCGUCACACAAACACAUGUCACACGUCCCUUUGAACUUGAUGCCCGAGCCUCAUUUCCUACCCUACCUGUGCUGCCUUAUGGUAUAGGCAAAGCCAGUGGCUCAGCUGCCUGCCCGCCUGGGAAGUCAGAGUCAGAGAGAAGUUGGGCUGCAGGGAAAUGUUCUUAUUGGUUGGGGAUUGCUUGUGACCUGUAUACCCCUCCCCAAACACUGACAAUCGUCUUAUUUAAGACUUGUACAAAAUGAAACACAACCUAUGCAAACAGUUACUCUGGUUUUUGGGAGUCUGGUCAAUCAGAUGCAUAUACUUAGGUAGAACUGCCAUUGUUACUUUUAAGUGUUUCGUGGGAAGCAAGCAGAUGAACUUGCGAAGCAGUUUCAUAGUGGGCUAUUGGAGGGGGGGGCUAAGGGUCAGGGUUGGGGGGGCAAAGAUAAGCAAUUCAAUCUGUGAGACACUGGCGCUUAUUUUUAGUUCUGAUUGCUUUUUUUCUUUUUCUUUUUUUUUUUUUGCCUCCAGGGUUAUUGCUGGGGCUCAGUGCCUGCACUAUGAAUCCACUGCUCCUGGAGGCCAUUCCCCCCCCUUUUGUUGCCCUUGUUGUUGUAGCCUUGUUGUGGUUAUUACUGUUGUUGAUGUUGUUUGUUGUUGGAUAGGACAGAGAGAAAUGGAGAGAGGAGAGGAAGACAGAGGGGGAGAGAAAGAUAGACA